UUUAACCCGCAGCUCCACAGCAGCUGAUCCUCGUCCUGCAGCGGGCCUCUGCUCCCCGUUUCCCGGUGUGUGUGAGUCUGUGGGCCGGGUCAUGAGGCUCCGGGGCUGGGUCUCCUCCUCCUGUCACCUCGCUACAGGUCUCCGCUCCGCCCGGAGGAAACAGGCGGGGUCUCUGUUUUCCUUCAGCCAGAAACACGUGUGUGUCCCCGGUCACUCUGCAGCCGACAGCAUCGACAACACCACUGACAACACCACCACCGACACUAACCACAACUUUAACCACAACAUGGCGGAGGAGGCGAAGAAACUGGCCGCUCACGCCGCAGUAAACAACCACGUCCAGAACAACCAGGUGGUCGGGGUGGGCAGCGGGUCGACCAUCGUCUACGCUGUGGACCGACUGGCGGAGCGAGUGCGUCAGGAGAAACUCAACAUUGUGUGUGUGCCCACGUCCUUCCAGGCUCGUCAGCUGAUCCUGCAGCACGGCCUCACGCUGUCGGACCUGGACAGACACCCAGAGUUGGACGUAGCGAUCGACGGAGCGGACGAAGUGGACGCAGACCUGACGCUGAUCAAAGGUGGAGGCGGCUGUCUGACUCAGGAGAAGAUCGUCGCCGGCUGUGCUAAACAUUUCGUCGUCAUCGCCGACUACAGGAAGGACUCCCGGGCUCUGGGCCAGCAGUGGAAGAAGGGCGUUCCCAUUGAAGUGAUCCCGAUGGCCUACGUCCCCGUCUCCAGGACCAUCGCCAGACGCUUCGGGGGGGAGGCCACUCUGAGGAUGGCCGUCAGCAAAGCAGGUCCUGUGGUCACCGACAACAGUAACUUCAUCCUGGACUGGAAGUUUGAAGGCGCUCAGAAGUGGAAGGAGGUCAACACCGCGCUCAAGAUGAUUCCAGGCGUGGUGGAGACGGGCCUCUUCGUGGGCAUGGCUGAACGAGCCUACUUUGGGAUGGAGGACGGGAGCGUGCAGGUUCGUGAUGCUCCCGUCCACUGAGGAGUGUGGAGCCUCCUCCCCCCCCCCCACCCCGACUGACCUCCCUUCUCCCUCAAGUGCCUUCAAAGGGACGGGACAGAACUGAAGCAGGGACGUCUCCAAUCAUCUCAUCUCACAACCCGGACAAAUUCACCAUCACUUGGUUUUCUCUCAUCGGUUCUUUAUCAUGUGGUGCUUCUGAUUCUGUGAGAGUUAAAGUGCCUGAUGAGUGAAAUGGAAGAUACCAGAUGUACUUUUCUUUUUCCAGUGUUUGCUCAGCUCACCCUGUCAUUAGCAGGUUGGACUGAAGGGCUGCGGUGCUCCGGCAGAGUGCUGAGUCACUGCUGCAGGAUAACGUGGAGCUGGAGAUUCUAAAGAGAAAUGACGCCAUUCAGGUUUUCAUCUGAACAGCUCAUAGAACAGCUUCUUCAUCAAAUCAGCAAAGUUCAGCAGUCAAGUGAAAACUCCAGUUUCUUUAUUCUGUUAAAAAGCUGAUCUGCCUUGAAGUGGCUGCUGUGGACCAAUGAUUCGGUUUCCUGCUCUGAGUCAAGACAGAGUUUGAGAAAUCUGUGGUUUCCUCUCAGUUUCAACACCAGUGGAGAGAUGAGGAGUAAAGUCCACAGUGUGUGAGUGUGUUUCUGUUAAGUCCACAGUGUGUGAGUGUGUUUCUGUCAGUGCAUGGGCGUCCACUGUGUUUUCUUCUUCUGUGAUCCACAUGCAUGACUCCUCUAUCAUUCCUCACACAGACCGUAGUGAUGAUCUGCAGGUGUGCUGUUAAUGUUUCAAUUUUAAUAAUGAGCUGUGUAGAUCAGAUAUGAACCAACAAGUGUGAUGGGCCUUGAUAAGUCAACACAAUAGAGAUUCCACUUAGUGUCGAAGUCAGAAAUCCUCAAACCUCCCUGAGAGCUGCACGGUUCAGUUUCAUAAAAGACGAUUCAAUACGUGAAUCAUUAAUAAAAGAUCCACAAAGAAGCAUCUUA